AUUGCCCAAGGACUCCAGAUACCCCUAGCAGUGACCCUCGUUGUUCCACUAGCAAUAAUAGAUUGAUGGCUUUACAAAAACAAUUGGAUAUAGAACUUAAAGUAAAACAAGGUGCAGAGAACAUGAUACAGAUGUAUUCAAAUGGCUCUUCAAAGGAUCGGAAACUCCAUGGCACAGCUCAGCAGCUGCUCCAGGACAGCAAGACAAAAAUAGAAGUGAUACGAAUGCAGAUUCUUCAGGCAGUCCAGACCAAUGAAUUGGCUUUUGAUAAUGCAAAACCUGUCAUAAGUCCUCUCGAACUUCGGAUGGAAGAAUUAAGGCAUCAUUUUAGGAUAGAAUUUGCAGUAGCAGAAGGUGCAAAGAAUGUAAUGAAAUUACUUGGCUCAGGAAAAGUAACAGACAGAAAAGCACUUUCAGAAGCCCAAGCAAGAUUUAAUGAAUCAAGUCAGAAGUUGGACCUUUUAAAGUAUUCAUUAGAGCAAAGAUUAAAUGAACUCCCCAAGAAUCACCCCAAAAGCAGUAUUAUCAUUGAGGAGCUUUCACUUGUUGCAUCACCAACACUAAGUCCACGUCAAAGUAUGAUAUCUACACAGAACCAAUAUAGUACACUGUCCAAACCAGCAGCACUAACAGGUACUUUGGAAGUUCGUCUCAUGGGCUGUCAAGAUAUUCUAGAGAAUGUCCCUGGACGGUCAAAAGCAACAUCGGUUGCACUACCUGGUUGGAGUCCAAGUGAAACCAGAUCAUCUUUCAUGAGCAGAACGAGUAAAAGUAAAAGUGGAAGUAGUCGAAAUCUCCUAAAAACCGACGACUUGUCCAAUGAUGUCUGUGCAGUUUUGAAGCUAGAUAAUACUGUGGUUGGUCAGACGAGCUGGAAACCCAUUUCCAAUCAGUCAUGGGACCAGAAGUUUACACUGGAACUGGACAGGUCACGUGAACUGGAAAUUUCAGUUUAUUGGCGUGAUUGGCGAUCUCUGUGUGCUGUAAAAUUUCUGAGGUUAGAAGAUUUUUUAGACAACCAACGGCAUGGCAUGUGUCUCUAUUUGGAACCACAGGGUACUUUAUUUGCAGAGGUUACCUUUUUUAAUCCAGUUAUUGAAAGAAGACCCAAACUCCAAAGACAAAAGAAAAUUUUUUCAAAACAACAAGGCAAAACAUUUCUCAGAGCUCCUCAAAUGAAUAUUAAUAUUGCCACUUGGGGAAGACUAGUGAGAAGAGCUAUUCCAACAGUAAAUCAUUCUGGCACCUUUAGCCCUCAAGCCUCUGUGCCUGCUACAGUGCCAGUGGUUGAUGUACGCAUCCCUGAACUAGCACCUCCAGCUGGUGAUUCUACAGUAACCAAAUUGGACUUUGAUCUUGAACCUGAACCUCCUCCGGCCCCACCACGUGACUCUUCCCUUGGAGAAAUAGAUGAAUCUGCUGAAUUAAGAGAUUCGGAUACACCGAGACAGGAUUCAGAAGCUGUUUUUGCUAUUGAGAAUGACAGAAAUAGUAUACUUCCAAAAUCUCAAUCUGAAUAUGAGCCUGAUAUUCCUCAACCAGGCCUAGGAUACAGUGGUGUUCGAGAACUUGAGGAUAGAAGAUCUCAACAGAUGUUUCAGUUUAAUCUACAAGACUUCAGAUGUUGUGCUGUCUUGGGUAGAGGACAUUUUGGAAAGGUGCUUUUGGCUGAAUAUAAACACACAAACGAGAUGUUUGCUAUAAAAGCCUUAAAGAAAGGAGAUAUUGUGGCUCGAGAUGAAGUAGACAGCCUGAUGUGUGAAAAAAGAAUUUUUGAAACUGUGAAUAGUGUAAGACAUCCCUUUUUGGUGAACCUUUUUGCAUGUUUCCAAACCAAAGAGCAUGUUUGCUUUGUAAUGGAAUAUGCUGCCGGUGGGGACCUAAUGAUGCACAUUCAUACUGAUGUCUUUUCUGAACCAAGAGCUGUAUUUUAUGCUGCAUGUGUAGUUCUUGGGUUGCAGUAUUUACAUGAACACAAAAUUGUUUAUAGAGAUUUGAAAUUGGAUAACUUAUUGCUAGAUACAGAGGGCUUUGUGAAAAUUGCUGAUUUUGGUCUUUGCAAAGAAGGAAUGGGAUAUGGAGAUAGAACAAGCACAUUUUGUGGCACUCCUGAAUUUCUUGCCCCAGAAGUGUUAACAGAAACAUCCUAUACAAGGGCUGUAGACUGGUGGGGCCUUGGUGUUCUUAUAUAUGAGAUGCUCGUUGGUGAGUCUCCCUUUCCUGGUGAUGAUGAAGAGGAAGUUUUUGACAGUAUUGUAAAUGAUGAAGUAAGGUAUCCAAGGUUCUUAUCUACAGAAGCCAUAUCAAUAAUGAGAAGGCUAUUACGAAGAAAUCCUGAGCGGCGACUUGGAGCUGGUGAGAAAGAUGCAGAGGAUGUAAAAAAGCACCCAUUUUUCCGGCUAAUUGAUUGGAGUGCUCUGAUGGACAAAAAAGUAAAGCCACCAUUCGUACCUACCAUUAGAGGACGAGAAGAUGUUAGUAAUUUUGAUGAUGAAUUUACCUCAGAAGCACCUAUUUUGACUCCGCCUCGAGAACCAAGGAUACUGUCAGAAGAGGAGCAAGAAAUGUUCAGAGAUUUUGACUACAUUGCUGAUUGGUGUUAA